AUGUCCAAUCUCGUAUAUAUUACUACCGAAACGAAUCAGAUUGUAGACGGGAUCCAGCCCGAUUGGAUCCACCCGCAUCUCAUCCAAAGCACCGAUCCGACCAAAGGUCGCCAAUUCCGAGUCUCCGGUCCCAUUCCAAAAGGCGCCUGUCUCCUCGUGGAUCGCCCCUACGCAAUAAUUCCUGUUGACGAAGACCCCGACAACAUCAUAUGCAGCAAUCCCGCUUGUAAUCGACCGGCUCGCAAUUCAGAGCGCAUCUCAUGCCCCAAGGCCUGUCUGUCAGAUGUGAUCUGGUGCAGCAAUACCUGCCAAGUCGCUGAUCAAGUUCGACAUGGGUUUGAAUGCACUUGGCUCAAACGAUAUGCCGGACCCAUUCGCGCCAAAUGGAGUGAGUAUGAUUUUGGAAUGCUGUGGGUGAUUGUUCGCCUGCUUGCUAGGCGUCAUGUCCAAUUGCAUGAGCUAUCAAUUGUCGGCGACCAUAUGUCGACUGAGAAACCAAAUCAUGACUGGGAGGGUAUUGAUUCGCUCUGUGGAUCAUCUGAUACUUGGUCGCAUGACAAAGUGCGAUCAUGGUCCACCCUUGUGAAGAAGUAUCUACAGAGUAGCUCUGCCCUCCCCCAUGGAAUGGGAGUAGAUCGUGUUCUCCAUCUCAUAUGCCAAGAAGAGGCAAACUCAUUUGGGCUCUACCCGCGUGAAACUGGUCAUUUCCCUGUCCCAAAUCCUCCAAUCGAUCGCGGGGAACAGUUUGCUGCAGCUGUUUAUCCCACAGCGGCAAUAGCGAACCAUUCGUGCUUUCCAAAUAUCAUCCAUAAAGCCGAUGAGAAAGGCCGCAUGGUUUUCACUGCAUCUCGCGAUAUCUUCCCUGACGAAGAAUGCUGUAUCUCAUAUUUCGACUUGACAAAAUACAAAGACCUCAGCUCACGCCGCGACCAUCUUCGAAGAUCAUUUCUUUUCUCUUGGCGACCAAACCUCGACACAAUGCCAUACAUAUCCCAACGGACUGUCUCGGAUCGCAAAGAAGCCACAGGCAAUGGUUCUGCCAUACCUAACGGCGUACAAGGAUCGGAAAAUGCACGCUCAAAUGUGGCCCCACGCCCGAACUCACCACACGUUUCCGAAGCCAUGCGUCAAUUCAAUGCACGAGAGAAAGCUAUGGCCUGGACUGAAAAGAUUGACAGGCUGAAAGCCAAGUUGCACAAGAUGAAAGCUUUGAUCGAGGAGUCUAACGAACGACUUGGAAACCUCGAGCAAAGGUGUGAUGAUAUGGAGCAGAGGAUGGUUGAUCGCCAGCUAAUUGAUCAUUCAGGGUCUCAGAAAUUGAAGCGUUGA